UAAGUAACUUUUCCACCAAUAUUCUCUUUUGUUAACAAACCGUAUUGCAUGUUUCGCCGUUUUUUUUGUUGCAAAGGUCGGGUACAGUAGUGACAUUGAGUAGCCCAGCUAAGCUAAGCUACUGUAGUUAUCAUGGAGAACCAUUGGAGUAAUCUUCAAUCCAGUGGACGAGACAAACAGCGAAAGAAGGGAUUCACCGCAGGACAAGGUGGAUCGUCUGGAGGCGAGGAUGGAGACCGUAAACCAAAGUUUCAUUUACAGGUUAAAAACAUGAAGGAUGAUAUGAUGGACAGGUUCGCCAGUAUCCGUAUCCCGGGCAGUAAGAAAGAGCGUUCUCACCUCCCUCACGUCAAACACUCCUCCUCGUCUGAAUGGUCUUCCUCCUCCGCUGAGUUUGAGGAACUGUCCUCCAAGAUCACCUCAGAACAGGAGAUACUGGGCCUCUUCGAGAAGAUGAUGGAGGAUAUGAACCUGAAUGAUGAGAAGAAGGCUCCUCUGAGAGAGAAAGAUCUGACCACCAAGAGAGAGAUGGUUAUCCAGUACAUUGUUACUGCCUCCAAAACAGGCAGUGUGUGUAGCAGUCAUCAGAUUUCCCCUCAGGAGUUUCUUGGGGAGCUGAAGUCUGGGGUGACUGACGAACGCCUCAUGGCCUGUCUGGACUCUCUCCGUGUCUCCCUCACCAGCAACCCUGUCAGCUGGGUGCAGAGCUUUGGCCACGAGGGUCUGGGACUGCUGCUAGACAUUCUGGAGAAGCUGCUCCACAAGAAUCACCAGGAUAAACCUGACAAGAAGAGCCAGCAUAAAGUCAUCCAGUGCCUCAAAGCCUUCAUGAACAACAAGUAUGGUUUGGAUCGUAUCCUGUCAGAGGAGAAGUGUCUGUCCCUGUUGGCCCGAGCUAUCGACCCCACCCAGCCCGCCAUGAUGACCGACGUGGUCAAGCUGCUGUCAGCCAUCUGCAUUGUGGGCGAGGAGAACACUUUGGAGAAGGUCCUUGAAGCCGUCACCACAGCAGGAGAACACAGGGCCACGGAGAGGUUCAGUCCAAUCGUAGAAGGACUCAGAGAUCGCUCCGUCCAAUUACAAGUGGCCUGCAUGCAGCUCAUCAAUGCUCUGGUGACGUCUCCGGACGAGCUGGACUUCAGGCUUCACAUCAGGAAUGAGUUUAUUCGCUCCGGCCUGCGAGAGAUUUUCCCGCAUCUGACAACGAUCAGGAACGAUGCCCUGGACAUUCAGCUCAAGGUGUUUGAGGAGCACAAGGAAGAGGAUCUGAUGGAGCUCAGUCACCGGCUGGAGGACAUCAAGAGUGAACUGGAUGAUGUGGGAGACGUGUUCAACGUGGUUCAGAGUUUGGUGAAGGACACCGGAGCUGAGGUCUACUUUCUCUCCAUCCUACAGCACCUCAUGCUCAUCCGGAACGACUACUUUGUCCGGCCCCAGUAUUUUAAGAUCAUAGAUGAGUGUUUAUCUCAGAUCGUUCUCCAUCGCAGUGGGACCGACCCAGACUUCAGCUACCGAAAACGCCUUGACGUGGACUUCAGUGUCCUCCUGGAUGCGUGUGUGGACAAGGCUCAGGUCGAAGAGUGUGAGCUGAGGGCUACUGACUUGGCUCUGAAGUUUGAUGAGGAGUACUUGGGUCGACAGGAGGCUCAGGCUCAGCUGCUGAAGAGUGAAGAGAAGAUCAAUGAAUUGCAGGCAGAGCUACUUUCCUUCAAGUCCCAGUUUGGAGCGGUAGCACUGACCCACUCCUCCGCCCGUCCUUCCCUCCCUCCGCCUCCUUCUGGUCCGGGAGGUCCCGUGCCUCCUCCCCCUCCUCCUCCCCCCCUCCCAGGCUGCGGCCCACCUCCCCCACCAGGAGUGCCUCCCCCGUUCGGUUGUCCCCCUCCCCCUCCUCCUCCCCCGGGGUUCUGUGGGCUGGGCUCGCCUACCCACAACACCUUGCCUUUCGGACUCCGGCCCAAGAAGCAGUUCAAGCUUGAGACUUCCAUGAAGCGCCUCAACUGGUCCAAGAUCCGCCCCCAGGAGAUGUCCGAGAGCUGUUUCUGGGUGGUGGCUAACGAGGAUCGCUAUGACAACCCUGACCUGCUCAACAGACUGGCGCACACCUUUGGCUCAUACAGACCAGCCGUCCAGGAUGAACAGGGUCUGGAAGCAAAGAGAUCCAUCAAGAAGAGAAUCAAACAGCUGAAGGUGCUGGACCCAAAGAUCGCCCAGAACCUCUCUAUCUUCCUGGGGUCCUUCAGGAUGCCUUACCAGGAGAUCAGAAGGGCCGUCCUAGAGGUCGACGAGGAACAGCUCACUGAACCCAUGAUACAGAACUUGGUUAAACACCUUCCUGAGCAGGAGCAGCUGAAUGCGUUGAUGAAGUUUCAGAAUGACUACAACAGUCUGUCUGAGCCUGAGCAGUUUGGAGUGGUGAUGAGCAGUGUGAAGCGACUGCGGCCCCGUCUCAACUCCAUCCUGUUUAAGCUGCAGUUUGAUGAACAGGUCAACAACCUCCGUCCAGACAUCAUGGCUGUUAACGCAGCCUGUGAAGAGGUGAGGAAGAGCAAGGGGUUCAGCCGGCUGCUGGAGCUGGUUCUUCUGCUGGGCAACUACAUGAACGCAGGCUCUCGCAACGCACAGAGCUACGGCUUUGACCUCAGUUCCCUCUGCAAGCUGAAGGACACGAAGUCAGCUGACCAGAAGUCAACGUUGCUCCACUUCCUGGCUGCAGUGUGUGAGGAGGAGUUCCCAGAGGUCACCAAGUUCUCCGACGACCUGCAGCACGUAGACAGAGCCAGCCGAGUCUCAGCGGAGUCCCUGGAGAAGAACCUAGUUCAGAUGGAGAGACAGCUGGUCCAACUCGAGAGAGAUCUGGACACCUUCUCCUCUCCUGACGACUCUGAAGAUCUCUUCACUGUCAAGAUGUCUAGCUUCGCCACGUCGGCCAGAGAGCAGUACCAGAAGCUGAUGAUCAUGCACGGCAACAUGGGAACCCUCUAUCAGAACAUGCUGGACUACUUCGCCUUGGACUCCAAGAAGAUCUCCGUCGAGGAAUUAUUCACAGACCUCAGCAACUUCCGAACCAUGUUCCUGCAAGCGCUGAAGGAGAACAUGAGGAGGAGAGAGGCGGAGGAGAAACAGAGGAGAGCGUGGGUGGCCAAGGAGAAGGCGGAGAGAGAGAAGCAGGAGAGACAGCAACAGAAGAAGAGGAGACUGCUGGAGGUCAACGCAGAGAACAGCGAUGAGACAGGAGUGAUGGAUAGUUUGCUGGAGGCUUUGCAGUCUGGAGCAGCGUUCAGAGACCGUCGGAAGAGAGCACCCCGGCCCCGAGAUGGUCAGAUGAGCCUCAGUCCCAGUUCGUACCUCCAGGUUCUGAAGCCCUGUAACCAUGAAAACACAAAGACACCUUUACAAAGGUCGCGGUCCCGGCAGAAUAUCAAUGUGAGCACAGUGGCGGCGGCGUCGAGAGGACAGAGAGGAGUGGCGUCCACAAAGGAAGCCCGUUAUGACACAGAGGGACAUCCGCCCAACGCUACGGGGUCUGCCACGGCCAGGAGCAGGGGCCCACUGCGUCGGGAACCAGGAGGACACAAACCCAUAACCACCACCGGGAUGGACCGCGACACGGGGAUAGAGAGAGGGAGGGAGAAGGAGAGAGGGAUGGGAAGAGGGAGGGAGAAGGAGAGAGAGGUUGAGGUAGAGAGAGAGUCUUCAUCAUGUCCCAGCAACACCAAUGGAGACUCUGAUGUAGAAGCUCUACUGGCCAGACUGAGGGCCUUGUGA